AUGGUUAUCCUUGCUGCAACACAAACAAAAAAAGCUUCAUCAAGGCAAUCAUCCACCAGUGAUGAUUCCGAUGAUGAUAUACCUGUGAAGAAAGGAGUUUCGACUCAAAUUCAAAAGAAGGCAGCAAUACCUCCACCAAAGGCAUUGUUAUCAAAUGGAAAUAAUAAAAAGAAAGAUUCAUCAGAUUCAAGUGAUGAUGAUAAGAAAAAACCAUCGGUAAAUUCAAAAACCACACAACCAGUUAAAACUGAUCUGAAACGUAAAGCAGCUUCAUCAACUAGUUCCAGUUCAGAUUCCGAUGAUGCUGCACCACCAGUAAAUAAAAAACAAACACCAGCUACGUCUAUUAAAACUAAUGAUGCUUCCGUCGUCAAGAAAACUACUCUACCACCAUCAACAAAUCUUUCAAAUAACAAGAAAAAGGACUCUUCAUCAGAUUCUGAUUCGUCGGAUGAUGAUGGUCAACCAACAAAUAAGAAACCAGUUUCAUCAAAUGUAACACAAAAAGCUGCUAUUCCACCACCAGCUAGUCUUUCCAGUCAUAAGAAAAAGGAUUCUUCAUCAGAUUCUGAUUCAUCUGAUGGUGAUACACAAAAGAAAAAUGUACCAGUUAAAGCACCAACAACUGCUAAACCAGCACAACAACCAGCUAAAAAGGCUGCUUCAUCAGAUAGCAGUGAUUCAGACGAUGAUGAUAAACCAGCUGCUAAAAAACCAACCGUAUCAAAAGGUACAUAUCUUUCGUCGAUUCAUACCUUACCUGUUUAUAUGAAUUUCUUCUUUACAGUUACACCAACUGUAACAAAAGCUGUACUAUCAUUACCAGCUCCUGUUUCAAAUAAUAAGAAAAAAGAUUCUUCAUCAGAUUCUGAUUCAUCUGAUGAUGAUACGCAAAAGAAAAAUGUACCAGUAAAAGCACCAACAGCUACUAAACCAGUACAACAACCAGUUAAAAAAGCUGUCUCAUCAGAUAGCAGUGAUUCAGAUGAUGAUGAUAAACCAACAAACAAGACUCCAGUUCCAUCAAAGGUGACACAAAAAGCUGUUAUUCCAUCACCAGCUACUGUUUCGAAUAAGAAGAAAAAAGAUUCAUCAUCCGAUUCGGAUUCGUCAGAUGAAGAUACUAAGAAAAAAGUACCAGUAAAAACAUCAACAACUACUAAACCAGUUCAACAACCAGUAAAAAAAACAGUUUCAUCAGAUAGCAGUGAUUCAGAUGAUGAUGAUAAACCGGCAAACAAGAAACCAGUUACACCGGUAACUAAAAGCUCAGUUACAGCACCUAUAAAAAAGAAAGAUAGUUCAUCUGAUUCUGAUUCAUCAGAUGAUGAAGACAAAAAUAAAAAGACAACUACUGUAGCAGCUAAACCAUUAUCAACAUCUACUCCAGUUCAACAACCGAGUAAAAAAUCUGCUCCAUCAAGCAGCAGUAGUGAUUCAGAUGACGAUGCACCAGCUAAAAAAGCAGCUGCAACUAAAGUUGCUGUAACACCAGUAGCUAAAAAACCUGUCGUAUCAACACAAGCUAUGGUAUCAAAUACUAAAAAGAAAGACUCAUCAUCUGAUUCAGAUUCGUCAGACGAGAAUGAGAAAAAACCAUCGACAGCACUUGCCAAUAAACCUAAAAUGAUUCCUACUGCUUCAAAGAAAAAGGCAGCAUCGAGCAGUAGUAGUGAUUCGGAUGAUAAUAAAACAGAAGUAAAAACACCACUAAAAGGUACCGCUGCUGUUACAAUUACGAAAAAAGGUCUUGUACCACAACAAUCAGCAGCUUUGCCAAAUAAAAAAGCAAAAGAAUCCUCAUCUUCAGAUUCAUCAGAUGAAGCUAAUAAUAAAGAAUCUGCCAAAGUUGCUCCAGUACCAGUGAAAAAAACCAAUAAACCAAGUAGUUCAAGUAGUAGUGAUUCAGAUGUGAAACCAUCAAAAACAGCUUCUAAAGCCUCUACUACACCCGUUACUCCAGCAACAAAAAAACCCAUUGUUACUACUCCAGGAAAUGCUAUGAACAAGAAACAAGAUACAUCAUCUUCGUCUAAUUCAUCGGAUGAUGACACACAAAAGAAAGCACCAGUCAAAUCACCAAUAACUGCUAAACCAGCACAACAACCAGUUAAAAAAACUGUCUCAUCAGACAGCAGUGAUUCAGAUGACGAUAAUAAACCAGCUGCCAAGAAGCCAGUGGUAUCAAAAGCUACACCAACUGUAACAAAAGUUGUAGUACCACCACCAGCUUCUGUUUCAAAUAAUAAGAAAAAAGAUUCUUCAUCCGAUUCUGAUUCAUCAGAUGACCAUAAACAGAAAAAAGCACCAGUAAAAACACAAACUACUGCUAAACCAACUCAAUCACCAGUUAAAAAACCAGCUACAUCAAGUAGCAGUGACUCAGAUGAUGAUGAACCAAAGAAGACUCCAGCUCAAUCAAAAGGUAACUAUUCUUCCUUUCUAAGAGAUGUAUCUCAUGGUUUCAUUCUAGCAACACAAAAAGCUGCUAUACCACCACCAACUUCUCUUUCAAAUACUAAGAAAAAAGGUUCUUCAACAGAUUCUGAUUCAUCAGAUGAUGAUACACAAAAGAAAGCACCAGUCAAAGCCCCGACAUCUACUAAACCAGCACAACAACCAGUCAAAAAACCAGCUUCAUCAAAUAGCAGUGAUUCAGAUGAUGAUGAUACGCAAAAGAAAAAUGUACCAGUAAAAGCACCAACAGCUACUAAACCAGUACAACAACCAGUUAAAAAGGCUGUCUCAUCAGAUAGCAGUGAUUCAGAUGAUGAUGAUAAACCAACAAACAAGACUCCAGUUCCAUCAAAGGUGACACAAAAAGCUGUUAUUUCAUCACCAGCUACUGUUUCGAAUAAGAAGAAAAAAGAUUCAUCAUCCGAUUCGGAUUCGUCAGAUGAAGAUAUUAAGAAAAAAGUACCAGUAAAAACAUCAACAACUACUAAACCAGUUCAACAACCAGUAAAAAAACCUGCUUCAUCAGAUAGCAGGGAUUCAGAUGAUGAUGAUAAUAAACCAGCUGCUAAGAAACCAGUUGUAUCAAAGGCACCAGUCACACCGGUAACUAAAAGCUCAGUUACAGCACCUAUAAAAAAGAAAGAUAGUUCAUCUGAUUCUGAUUCAUCAGAUGAUGAAGACAAAAAUAAAAAGACAACUACUGUAGCAGCUAAACCAUUAUCAACAUCUACUCCAGUUCAACAACCAACUAAAAGAUCUGCUCCAUCAAGCAGCAGUAGUGAUUCAGAUGAUGAUACAUCAGCUAAAAAAACAGCUGCAUCUAAAGUUGCUGUAACACCAGUAGCUAAAAAACCUAUCGUAUCAACACAAGCUAUGGCAUCAAAUACUAAAAAGAAAGACUCAUCAUCUGAUUCAGAUUCUUCAGAUGACGACAAGAGUAAAACAAAACCAACUAUUUCAGCUGCUAAACCUGUUCCUACACCAACAACAAAGAAGCCUGCUGCCUCUAGCAGUAGUAGUGAUUCAGACGAUGAUACAGUUGCUAACAAAAAGCCAACACAACAAAGUUCAUCUGUGAAAACUCCUACUACACCUGCCAUUCAAUCGAUUGCUAAAAGUUCUGCUGUAUCAAAUACUAAUAAUAAGAAAAAACAAGAAACAUCUACUUCUGAUUCAUCUGAUGAAGAUGACAAGAAACAACCAGCUAAACCAAAUGUAGCUACAUCUGUUCAAUCGACCAAACGUAAAGCACCUUCGUCAAGUAGUUCAGAUUCAGAUGAUGAUGUUGCACCACCAGUGAAUAAAAAACAAACACCAUCGAUACCAAAUAAAACUAAUGUAACUCCAGUCGUCAACAAAGUUGCUGUUAUUCCAUCAACAAAAGUUUCUAAUAAUAAGAAACAAGAUUCAUCAUCUGAUUCCGAUUCAUCCGAUGAAGAUACUAAUCAGAAAACAUCAGUCGUAGCCGCUAAAUCAGUACCAACUACAAAAUCUAGUCAACAAUCAUUAAAAAAAACUGCUUCAUCAAGUGGUAGCGAUUCCGAUGAUGAUGAUGUACCAACAAACAAAAAACCUAGUGUUGUCAAUAAACCAACAGCUCAAUCAACCAAUCUCUCAAAUAAUAAUAAAAAGAUUGCUUCAUCAAGUAGUAGUAGCGAUUCUGAUGAUGAUAAACCAACAACAAACAAAAAAUCUCUUGUCAAUGGUUCAGCUGUAACCAAACCAUCUGUUACAUCAAUCAAUGGUAAUGGUCCUUUAAAACGUAAAGCAUCAUCAUCAUCAUCAUCAAAUAGUGAUUCCGAAGAGGACAAACCAUCUAAUAAUGUAUCUACCAAUGAUACAACAAAAACAAAUAAUCAAGAAAUGACUGUUUCAAAAAAUAAUGAUAAACAAAAGCGUAAAACAUCACCAUUUCGACGUGUUCGUGAAGAAGAUGCUGAUCUAAAAUAUCUAGAAAAAAUUGGUAAAAAUGCAUUUGAACAUAAGGCUGGUGCACGUGGCUCAUGGGGUGAAAAAGCAAAUACUGAUUUAAAAAAUACUCGUGGUAAAAGUUUUCGUCAUGAAAAAACUAAAAAGAAACGUGGUUCAUAUCAUGGUGGUAAAAUUGAUUCAGUUAAUUCGUAUUCAAUAAAAUUCGAUGAUUCAGAUGACUAA